AUGGCAGACCUGACUCAACAACUGGCUUCCCUCAUCACAGCUUUUGGACAAUUCGUACAAAAUCCAGCAUCAUCUCCUACCUCUGUGCCAUCAAAUGUGUCGACUAGAACGAGUCAGUUGGUGGAAUCUAUUUCGACUCGAAUUCCGAAUUUCUCGUACGAUCCGGAUGAAGAGAAGACAUUUGAUGGAUGGUGGAAUCGAUAUGAAGAUAUCAUCACCAAAGAUGGCUCUUCUCUCACAGAAGAUGCCAAAGUCAGGUUCGUUCUAUCAAAACUAGAUUCCAAAGAGUACUACCAUUUUUCAAAUCGAGUACUGCCGGCAACUCCCAACUCCCUCAAAUUCACUGAUCUGAUUUCAAAGCUUUCCGACACGUUCAAGUCGACUUCUUCAAUAUUUCGGAAGCGUCAGGAAUUUUUGAGAAUGGAGUACGAUGGAUCAUCGAUUGAAGAGUACACAGUCCUGGUACUCCGCCGGUUCACAUCUUCAGAAUUCAAGAAGAUGACCGAUGAUCAAACAUGUUGCAUGGUGUGGAUAAAUGGAUUGAGGGAUAGCAGCUACAUCGAUAUUCGAACCAAAGCACUUCAAAUAAUGGAAUCGAAGCCUACUACUACACUUCUUGAGCUGGAAAAAGAAAUCAAGAGACUCCUGGACAUCCGAGAAGAUUCCAAAAGUGUGUGCAGAGUUCAACAGCCAGCAGAGGUCAACGCCAUCAAUCGAAAAUCAAGCACGGACAAAUCACAGAAAUCUCAGAAGCCUCCACCGUCACCAUGCUUCAAAUGUUCUGGAAAUCAUUGGGCUAGAGAAUGCCAGAAAAAGGUCACAUGUCUUAAUUGUCAAAAGAGCGGUCACAUAGCUAAAUUUUGCAGAACCAAAGUAAAAGGCAAUGAGUGUCCAAAAGGCAAAAUUAAAUCGGUCAUAAUUGGUUCAGCAACCAACUCACAAGUCAACCGUAUCUACAGGACAGUCAUUAUCAAUGGAAAAAAGCUGAAGAUGCAGAUGGAUACAGGUGCUGAUAUCACGAUGAUCAGUAUAAAAGAUUGGAAGCUGUUGGGCCGUCCAGAACUUCAGUCACCAACAAUUCAAGUGAAAUCUGCAAACCAUCAACCGAUUGCCGUCAAAGGAUUUUUCAAGUGUCAUUUCAAGCUGAAUGGUACAUCUGCAUCGGGAAUGGCUCAUGUGGCGGAGACCGGAACUCUUCUGGGAACCGAUUGGAUCUCCAAGGAUCCACAUUUUUGGCGAAUGCUAAACGCAAACCAAGUCAGCAAAGUUUCUUCCGAUGUUGGCUCAGCAUGCGACUACCUGGACAACAUGCGCGAAGGACUUAAAGCUGAGUUGAAUAAACAAUUUUCAGAUGUCUUCAAACCAGAACUUGGUCGUUGUACGAAGACAAAAGCAUCUCUGGUACUAAAACCGAAUGCUCAACCAGUAUUCCGGAAAGCCCGUCCAGUUCCAUUUGCCGCCGUUUCCACUGUUUCCGAAGAAAUUGAACGACUACAAAAAGCUGGUGUCAUUUCACCGGUGGACCACUCCGAUUGGGCCGCACCAAUCGUACUUGUCAAGAAGAAGAACGGAUCGCUACGGAUGUGUGCAGACUUCUCAACGGCAAGCCAAGAGCAUGCUGUGCAUCAACACACACAAGGGAUUGUUCCGAUUCAUUCAGUUCUACGGAUCUUUGUCUCGGAGUUGUUCAAGCUUCGUCCACCAUUGGAUGCCCUUACAAAGAAGGAUGUCAAAUUCCAAUGGACUCCUCAAUGUCAAUUUUCAUUCGACCGCGUCAAGCAGAUUCUUCGUUCCGAUUUGCUGUUAACACAUUAUGAUCCGAACCUUCCGAUCAUCGUCUCUGCCGAUGCCUCUCAAUACGGUAUUGGUGCUGUAAUCUCUCAUAGAUUUCCAGAUGGUUCCGAGAAGGCAAUCUACCAUAUCAGCAAAGCUCUCACAGCACCACAACGGAACUACAGUCAGAUUGAGAAAGAAGCUUUUGGUCUCAUCACGGCUGUCACCAAGUUCCACAAAUUCAUCUAUGGCCGUCACUUCACACUCAAGACGGACCACAAGCCAUUACUAUCGAUUUUUGGAGACAAAAAAGGUAUACCCCUUUAUAGUGCUAACCGUCUCCAGCGUUGGGCGAUCAUCCUGCUCAACUACGACUUCUCGAUCGAAUACGUCAACACUCAUGAUUUUGGCCAAGCGGAUGCUCUGUCAAGACUGAUCUCCGAACAAAUCCAACAGACGGAAUGUGAGGAUCGUGUGAUUGCUCAAGUGGAAUCGGAAGUCUUGACAAAUCUGGUUACAACAUGUGAUCAAUUGCCUGUGACUGCUAAAAUGAUUCGAGCAUCGUCCAAGAAGGAUCCUCUGCUGAAUCAAGUAUACCAGUACACUAUCUCAGGUUCGUGGCCCAAAAUCUCUGAUAAAACUUCACAAUUAUCUCUUUUCCACAACCGACGUGAUCAACUCUCCAUCGUGUCCGAAUGUUUGAUGUUCAAUGGUCGAAUCGUGAUACCACAUGCUCUGAGAUCCCGAGUCCUCAAAAUGAUACAUCGUGCUCACCCAGGAAUUGUGAGGAUGAAACAAUUGGCAAGAUCACUAGUCUAUUGGCCAGCCAUUGAUAAGGAUAUCGAGAAAAUGGUACGUAGUUGUGAUGAAUGUACACUGGUGACCGACAACGGCACACAAUUCACGUCAUCUCAAUUUCAAAGCUUCUGCAAAGAUCGAGGAAUCAGUCACCUGCGAUCACCACCGUUCCAUCCUCAGUCAAAUGGACAAGCAGAAAGAUUUGUGGAUACCCUGAAAAGGGGAUUAGGCAAGUUGAAGGGGGAGGAAAACACAGAUACUGCCUUAUAUGUGUUCCUCCAGAACUACCGUUCCACUCCUUGCUCAUCCAGCCCAGAUGGCUCCACACCUGCUGAGAACUUCAUUGGUCGGAAGAUCCGCACCUUUUUGGAUCAAUUGCUUCCCAACGACCAACUUCUCGUCUCGCAUGACACAGAGAUGGAGAAGCAGUUCAACAAACAGCAUGGUGCCCGGCGACGCAGUUUUAUAGCCGAUGAAAAGGUUUAUGUUAAAAACUUCAGUAGCAUAAAUACUACCACUUGGAUUCCAGGAAUCAUUCAAAGACACAUUGGACGAACGUUGUAUCGAGUGCUCGUCAAGGAUACUGUAUGGAUCAGACACGCCAAUCAACUCCGUCGACGCGACAACCCAAUCUACAUAGACGUGCCACUGAACCUGAUGGAUCAAAUUGAUGUGACACCAACACCCGCUCCAGCUCUAACCAGUUCCACCGCUCCACCAUCUCCAGUACCGACUCCCCCCACUCCGAUGCCACGGAAGUCUACCCGCAUCACCAGGCAACCUCAACGACUGGUCGUGCAGCCGAGUCAGAAAUCGUAUAAUUAA